CUAAGACAAUGAAACGAUGUAGGCUAAUAGAAUGAAGGGAGAAUAGUCUAACACAACCCCUUAGCCUACAGAGUGCCAUAAGUCUUGGGAAGGGGAGGAGAAGCAACCCCUGAAUCAGGUAGUCCCCUGUGAGGGAGGGGCAAGACCCAGAAGGCGAAGGAGAGCCGCAUGGGGACGACGAGGGAGGGCCUUGGUGAAGAUGUCGGCAAGGUUGGCUGAAGAGUCAAUCUUGCGCACGGUGAGGUCUGCGACGAUCGGGCUGAGAAUCUGCCCAAGAGGAGUCGCUGUAGCCAGUGAGCUGAGGAGGGGUGGGGCCGCCCAAGGUGAGGACAUAGUCCUUGGUGCCUUUGAUGUAGCGGAGAACGCGCUUGGCCGCUUGCCAGUGCUCGGGAGUGUGUUUGCCAGCGCCGACAAAGCGCGCCAGGACACUGAUAGGGUAGGCGAGGUCGGGGCGAGUGCACAUCAUGGCGUACAUCAGGGACCCGACCAGCUCAGCGUAAGGACUGGUGGAGGAACCGUGGGUGGAUGUCGGCGAGAGCUGGUGGCCGACUUGGAGGGGUGUGGAGACGGGUUUGGCCGUGGCCAUCUCGAAGCGUUCAAGGACCUUCUCGAGGAAGAGGCAGGAGGAAGCCUGGGAAGGGCGAAAACCAAGAGCACGGAGAGUGCUCGAGAGCUUGGCAUGCCAUUCCCGAGGAGCUUGCUUGAGGCCGUAGACCGGGCGGCGAAGUUCCCAAACGGUGUUGGGAGGGAAAGGGAGGUGCCAGCCCUCGGGACGCUCCAUGAAGAUGCGCUCAUGGAGUUCACCUUGGAGAAAUGCCGUGGUGACAUCCAUCGAGUGCAGGAUCAUGCCGCGCCGGCCGACGAAGUCCAAGAACACGCGGACGACAGGGGGAGUGGCGGAGGCGUGAACGAGAAGACACCUGGCGGUCUUUGUAACUUCUCGAACACGAGCUUCUGCCACGCCAUUCUGCUGAGGGGAGUGAGGGAGGGUGUAAGUGUGGUGAAUACCAUGGGUGGAGAAAUAGGAAGAGAGAUGGUGAUUGAGGAAUUCACCGCCGCCAUCGGAAUGGAAGCGGCGAACGGGACGACCGAAUCGCAGUGGGUGGCGUGGCCGGGGUAGAUUGUUGUGACCCCGGCCCGUUGAAGUGCACCUUGGGAGACGAGGUUAGUGCGAAGGGAGGGGACAUGGAAGCCAUGAGGGCCUUGAAACAUGUGGUGGUGGCAUGGGUGGUUUGGAGGCAGCGCUUACCCUUGUUGGGGCCGUUGCGGAUGAGAUACUGACACGGGGAGAAGCCGCCGGUGCUGUUGGAACCACUGCUACCCCCGCGUCCUCCACUGCGCCCCCCGCCACGUCCACCACCCGAUCGUCCCGCCGAAGUACCGCCACGGCCAGCACCACGU